GAUAAGUGAUCUACUUCACUAUAUAAUAGCACUCCGCGCACGACUAGAUCACUAAACUCAUCCAUCGACCUCACCAAUCCACCUCCACCAGUACAUUCACUCGCAUCCAAAUUCAAACCCAUAUCGCACAUAUACCCCAACAAUGUACAAACUCUUCGUCAUAGCCGCAGCCCUCGUGGCCUCCAGCACCGCCCAAUUCUUUCCUGGAGGCCAGACCCUCUACGGAGGCCAAUGCGACUACCAAGGCUUCCUCAACUGCCAAACCCAACAACAGCAAGGCAAACCAGAAGCAGCUCAAGGUUGCGUCCAGAUUGAGGGCGGAGGCCCCAACUGUGUCACACAGACGACCGUCUGCGACCAGCAAUGCGUGCGCGGUUACGCUUACCAGAAGGUCAACUCCAAUGAUCAAUCCUGCGUCUGCAGUCUCCGGGACGCAGCCUGCUAUAUCGGUCAAGACCAGAGCCGAUGCGGCGCGCCAUUCGAUGGCGGUUUUGACGGCGGUUGGGGAUCCACAGGCGGCAGGAACUGGCAGGCCUAG